GUUGUUUGUUCCCUGUUCUAUAAGCGAUGGGGUUUCUGAAUCUCAAACCCUCUGCAGCUUCUGUAAUAAGCUUCACUUGGCUAUGCCUAUUUGCUUGUGAGAGCACAGAGCCUUUACGGAUAGUGCACAAUUUGGAUACCCUCAAUACAAACGUUGACCAACCAUAUCGCACUGCAUAUCAUUUUCAGCCUCACAAAAACUGGAUGAAUGAUCCAAAUGGACCCAUGUUUUACAAAGGCUAUUACCAUUUGUUCUACCAAUACAAUCCGCAGGGACCCAUUUGGGGUAACAUUGUGUGGGGACAUUCUGUAUCACAGGAUCUGGUGAAGUGGAGUUCUUUGGAUGCAGCAAUUGUGCCUAGUGAAUGGUAUGAUAUAGGAGGCUGUUGGUCUGGAUCAGCUACUUUUCUUCAAGGUGGGAAACCUGUUAUUCUUUAUACAGGAAAUACCAAUGCCUCGCAACAGGUACAGAACAUGGCAGUGCCUAAAAAUUUAUCAGAUCCUUUGUUGAGAGAAUGGGUUAAAAUCCCUGAAAAUCCUAUCAUAGUUCCAGAGAGGGGCAUGGAUACGAAAAAUUUCAGGGACCCAACAACUGGAUGGUUUGAAUCUGUGGAUAUGAAGUGGAGAAUUGUUGUUGGUUCAUUGGAGGGAAGCAGGGGAAUGGCACUUCUGUACAAGAGCACUGAUUUUAUCAAGUGGGAGAAGACCAAACAUCCUCUGCAUUCCUCUGAAUCUUCAGGAAUGUGGGAAUGCCCUGAUUUUUAUCCAGUUCAUGUUUCAGGAAAGCAGGGUUUGGAUACUAACAUUGUUGGAUCUUCUGUUAAGCAUGUUAUGAAAGCAAGCUUGGGAGAAAGAGGGUAUGAUUACUAUAGUGUGGGAAGCUAUUUGGUGGAUGGAGAUAUAUUUGUUCCAGAUAGGGGAAGUCAGGAUGAUGAAUUGGAUUUAAGGUAUGAUUAUGGCAAGUUCUAUGCAUCCAAGACUUUCUUUGAUGUUAGUAAGAACAGAAGGGUUCUGUGGGGAUGGGUCACUGAAUUUGACAGCCAGUCAGAUGACAUUAUGAAAGGGUGGGCUGGUUUGCAGGGGAUUCCAAGGACCAUCUGGCUGGAUGAUAGCUCAAAAAUGAACCUGAUGCAAUGGCCUGUUGUAGAAGUGGAAUCUCUUCGUGGAAACAAGACAGUAAAGAAUAAUACUGUUCUCAAAAGUGGGGAGGUUGUAGAAAUCUAUGGCGUAACAAGUGCACAGGUGGAUGUGGAGGUUUUGUUCGAUCUUCAGAGAAUGAAAAUUGCAGAGUUUGAAGAGAUGGAUGCAAAUGCCACUGCUCGAGAGUUGUGCAGCAAUAUUGGAGUAUCUCACAAGGGUGUUGUUGGGCCAUUUGGGCUGCUUGUAUUAGCUUCCAACGAUCUCACUCAAUACACUGCUGUGUUUUAUCACAUUAUUUCACAUCAGACCAAGUUGAAACUAUUAAUGUGCAGCGACCAGAGGAGAUCAUCAACCCUGAAAGAUUUUAAUAAAACAACUUAUGGUUCAUUUGUUCCUCUGAAUCACCCGAAGAAGAUUGUUUCAUUACGAGUGUUGGUUGAUCAUUCAAUUGUGGAGAGCUUCGCAGAAGGGGGGAAAAGUUGCAUAACAUCUAGAGUUUAUCCAACGUCAACAGAUUUGCAUUUGUAUCUCUUCAACAAUGGCUCUUCCACAAUUCUUUGCAGACAAUUGAAUGCAUGGAAUAUGAAAACUACUAACAAUGUUUAUUGA